UGACAAUAUUUAGAGUAAAGUGGAGGGCAUUCAUUGGGAGGUAGGCAAGAAAAUUAGUUGUAUCCAAAGAAGCCAUGAAAGUCAAACUCAUCCUCUUCAUCCUCUUCUCCAUCUUCUUCAUCUCCACAUCUGACGAUCCGGAUUGUGUGUACUCGUUGUACGUGAGAACCAGCUCAAUUAUAAAGGGUGGGACCGACUCCAUCAUAAGUUUAACGCUAUACGAUUCGGAAGGGUCUAGAAUCAAAAUCAACAAUCUUGAGAGUUGGGGCGGGUUGAUGGGCCCAGGUUAUAACUAUUUCGAGAGGGGUAAUUUGGACAUUUUUAGUGGGAGAGGCCCAUGUUUGCCUGGGCCUGUUUGUGCAAUGAACCUCACCUCCGAUGGGUCGGGUCCAGGUCACGGGUGGUACUGUAACUACGUGGAGGUCACUACCACUGGGGUCCAUAAGCAGUGUACACAGCAGCAGUUCACGGUGGAGCAGUGGUUGGCCACUGAUGCGCCGCCGUACGAGCUCACUGCCAUCAGGAACCUCUGUUCGUCUGGUGACGAUGGCAAGUCUGUCAUGUACUACCCAGAUUCGUCUAUGAUCUCUAUUUUAUAACCUAUCUGGGGUCUUAUUGGGCUGGAUGCUUUGACCUAUAUUGCUGUGGGUUUUUGAGUUUCUAAUAGGUUAUCCGGAUGUAUAUGUUGUGAGUUUUUGGGUGAAUAUUAUUAAAUGAAUUAAGAGAAAAGAUUAGAUGAAAUAGUUACGAAAGGACAAAAAUGCCCUUUUCUUUAAAGGGCAUAUUGUUUUGGUAAAUAAUGAAAUGUCCUAAAUGUGAGUUAUUAUUUGUUAAUAUCUAUUAAUAACAUUUUCCUCUCAUUAUAUGUGA